AGACCAUUUAACCCCACCGUUUGAGCAAUGAGCAGACCUGAAGCGACUUAGGUCGAACGCUUCUCUGCCGCAUAUCCAGCCAUUCACACCCUUCCGUCCGGAGAUAAGCUGCCGUCUUCGUUCGUUGGGGGUUUUAUACGCAAGUGGAGCAUAUAAAGGUAUGCACAACUGUUGCGUGACUUCAUUUUUAUAAAUCCAAGGUGUGCAUGUAGCCUUCCGGGUAGUCUUCUUCACCCUCAAUUUCGAGCUUGAAUCUACUCCAGGCGAUAUUUCCAUCUCUCAAAUUAUUCCGUGAAUACUUGCGCCGAACCACAACAUCCAACAUGUCUCUUCCCAAGACCACUCCUGCCUGGGUCAUUGAAUCCACGGACUCGGCGACGCCAGGAUGGGGCAAUAUCAAGCUUGUCGAAGACUUCCCCGUCCCAGAGCUCGGCGAGAACGACUGCUUGGUUCAAAUCCAGGCAGUGUCUCUGAACUAUAGAGACCUUGUUAUCCCCAAGGGCCAGUAUCCACUGCCGCUGAACCUCCCCUGCGUCGCUGCCUCGGAUGGUGCGGGAAAGGUUCUCGCCGUAGGUUCCAAGGUCACCCAAUUCGAAGAAGGCGACAAGGUGGUCACACAGUUCACCCAAGCACACCAAUACGGACCCGUUACCGCCGAGAUGAUGAACACGACAUUGGGUGGCACUGUCCAUGGCUGUCUGCGCAAGUAUGCAGUCUUCCCUGCAUCGGGCCUCGUUCACGCCCCAUCAAAUCUUACUCCAACUGAGGCGGGGACUUUGACUUGUGCCCCCCUCACUUCUUGGAACGCUCUGUUCGGUCUUCAAUCCAAAGCCUUGAAACCUGGAGAGGUGGUUCUCACUCAAGGAACAGGCGGCGUCUCGCUCGCCGCCGUUCAGUUCGCCAAAGCCGCCGGCGCCACUGUCAUUGCCACAACCUCAUCCGAUGAGAAGGCCAAGCGCUUGGAAAAGCUGGGAGCCGACAUUGUCAUCAACUACAAGAAGGAUCCGAACUGGGGGGAGACCGCAAAGAGGCUUUCUCCUGGCAAAGCAGGCGUGGAUCAUGUCAUUGAGGUUGGCGGGCCUGGCACAAUGGCUCAGUCGCUAAAAGCAAUCAAAUUCGAAGGCGUGAUUUCCGUGAUCGGUUUUCUGGGUGGCGUUAAAGCGGAGGACGAGCCCAACACGCUGGCGGCUUUGGGAGCGGGCUGCAUCAUCCGUGGGAUCUUGAUCGGGUCAAAAGCCCAACUGAUCGAGAUGAACCGAUGCAUCGAUGCGAACAACAUUCACCCGGUGGUGGACGAGAAGACAUUUGGGUUCAAGGAUGCGCCGGAGGCUUACGAAUACCAGUGGCAGCAGAAGAACUUUGGUAAGGUGGUGAUCCAGCUUUAGAGCGGCUUUCAUGCUCCAUUGACGUGAGAGCAGCGUCAGUCAGGGGGUCGAGUCGGUGAAACCCACCCGUGCAGAGACACCAAGGGGAUGGACACUGCCUAGAGCAGAUGCAAACUAAGUUGAUUUGGCAAUGAUGCCGACAACAGGGCAUCUACAGACACGUACAAUUACUAAGCUUUGAUGGUUCUUUGCGGCAUCUAUAGUAUCUGCUCUGCCUUGCGAGUCCGACUGUCUUGGGUCUAGACUACUGUGGAAUGCUGCUCCCUGGCAGUUACCGCUUCCAUGUCUCCCCAGGAGGUACAAAUGGUC